AUGUACCGUUUCCGACCGGCUCUUAAAAUGAAGGCCUACCCGAUCGAAGAAUACCCGACCCAAUGCAAACAAGCCGCUGCAAUUAUUCAUAUGAUCAUGAACAAUCUAGAUCCGCAAGUGGCCCAGUUUCCCCACGAGCUGGUCACCUACGGGGGAAAUGGUCAGGUGUUCUCUAACUGGGCUCAGGAAGGGAACGGGUUGGCCCGGCACCGCCUACUUCCGGAAACACUCCUCAGCUUCACGACAGCUACAAUCCAGCUACAAAAACUCCACAGAUCUUUGCACUCAAAUGUUCCAACACUGCCUCGUAGUUCGCUACACACAACUGUCUCGAGUGGUCUCCCGCCGUCACAUUUAUCCCAGCGAACACCAACCAAUUUGCAUACGCCCAAGUUCUCCUCUCGCCAAUCCUCGCGGCUACGAGAUCGCGUUUCCAUAAGUCCGACUCACCGUAAUGGUGGUGUUUCUUUCUUCGGACCAAUUACUGCCCUACACGCCAGACACAAACGAACCCUCUUAUGCCGAGAACUGAGCAGCGAACAGCUGUCAGUCGCCUCCUGCAGUUCCUCGCAAUGUGGCCCUGGCCACCGCACCUAUAACAUACGACCCCACCACGGGGGCUGGGCCCCUGAUACGGUCUAUCAUCACUCGGCGUGGACUGUGCAGCGGCGACUACCGGUUCUCUCACCUCAGAGUUAUCUUUCAUCACGAUCUUUGCACUCAAAUGUUCCAACACCGCCUCGUAGUUCGCUACACACAACUCUCUCGAGUGGUCUCCCGCCGUCACAUUUAUCCCAGCGAACACCAACCAAUUUGCAUACGCCCAAGUUCUCCUCUCGCCAAUCCUCGCGGCUACGAGAUCGCGUUUCCAUAAGUCCGACUCACCGUAAUGGUGGUGUUUCUUUCUUCGGACCAAUUACUGCCCUACACGCCAGACACAAACGAACCCUCUUAUGCCGAGAACUGAGGUUAGUCUCAUUUUCAUGUCCACAGUUCGGCUACUAUCUCUAG